AAAAACUUUUUUAAAAAUUCUGCUGUCUUUUUUUUUCCGUUUCACUUAAAAGGAAUCCGUUGUCCAUUGGCGCAGCUUUCCAUCUGGACCGUUGAAAAAAUCGUGUCUCCGUUUCAACUCUAUAAAUUGGGCCAAUCAAAAUGGUCUGUUGUUUCAUCAUUUUCUGUCCUCUACUCGUCUUCCUAUUCCUUUCCCCUUCCGUACGCCAUGGAAGUCGGCAGCGCCGCCUCCGCCGUUCAGCAACGCCGCCCUCGCGUCGCAGUCUGUAUGACUCCCGGAAUUGGCCACCUCAUCCCCAUCAUGGAGCUCGCCAAGGUCUUGAUCGAUCGCCAUGGAUUCUCCGUCACCAUCAUCACCCUCGCCUUCUCCGCCUCCGCGACUCAGUCCUCCCUCCUGUCCUCCCUCCCCUCCGACCACUUCUCGCACAUCUCCCUUCCCCCCGUCCCCCUUGACGACCUCCCCGAUGAUGUCCGCAUCGAGACCACCAUGUCGGAAGCCACCGUCCGGUCCCUUCCUGCCCUGCGCCACGCCCUCUCGGCCCUCCCCGACGUCGUCGUCUUCAUCUCUGACCUCUUCAGUACCGACACGUUUUCCGUCGCCAGUCAACUUGGCCUCCCCCAUUACUUGUUCUUCCCAACCAACCUCCUCGCUCUCUCCCUCAUCCUCCACCUCCCGGUCAUCGAAGCCGCUGCCACCGACCACGACCACCACCUCCCCGACCCGCUCCGCCUCCCCGGGUGCUUUCCCAUUCCCCGUCCCGACAUCCUCCACCCGAUCCAAGACCGAUCCAACGACGCUUACCGCUGGUUCGUCCACCACGGGCGCCGCUACCGCGAGGCGCAGGGGAUCCUCGUCAAUUCCUUCGACGCCAUCGAGCCGGGAGCCGCCGCGGCUCUCUGCGAGGCCGAACCUGGUCGGCCGCCGGUCUACCUUGUCGGGCCGCUAACGCGGAAGCCCGAGAAAUCCGGUGAUGAGGAAGCGGAGUGCCUGCGGUGGUUGGACCGCCAUCCCCCCAGAUCCGUCCUGUACGUGUCUUUCGGCAGCGGAGGAACGCUGCCGAAGGCGCAGUUAGCGGAGUUGGCGCUGGGCCUCGAGAUGAGCGGCCAGCGCUUCCUGUGGGUCGUUCGGAGCCCCAGCGACGGCGAAGAGAACAGUGAAGCCUUCUUCACGGUGCAGAGCAAGGCGGAUCCGUUCAGGUUCCUGCCCAACGGAUUCGCAGAGCGAACCCAGGACGUAGGACUGUUGAUCCCGUCGUGGGCCCCCCAAACGGCCGUGCUGCACCACCCCGCCACUGGGGGGAUCCUCAGCCACUGCGGGUGGAACUCGACCCUGGAGAGCGUUGUGGCCGGCGUGGCUAUGGUGGCGUGGCCUCUGUUCGCGGAGCAGAGGCAGAACGCGGUGAUGUUGGCUGCGGGCGCGGGUAUCGCGCUGCUGGCGAAGGCAGGAGAGGGAGGGCUGGUGCCGCGGGAGGAGGUGGCGCGAGUGGUGAGGGAGAUGAUCGAGGGGGAGGAGGGGAAGGCGGCUCGGCGGCAGGUGGCGGAGCUACGGGAGAAAGCGCUCAACAAUCUGAAAGUCGGCGGCGCUGCGGAGAAGGCGCUUGACGACGUUGUCAAAGAGUGGAAAAGAUGAGAUGAGAUCCUCUGUCGCAAAAAACUGACGUGUCUGUGUGUCUCCUCGUCGAUCGAAACAUCAUAACAUUCUCAUGAUAUAAUUUAAUCCGUCCAAUCGACGAAAGGGGACACGUCAGUUUUAGACAGAGGAUUUCAACUCGGAAAACAAUAGACGGGCGUAUUGUAAGUGGGGCCCGCC